AAAAAAUGGCACCAACAGAAGUCGCAAAAUUACCAGGCGUAAGAAAAAAUGGGGAAGGAAAGAAGAUACUGGCUUUUGAAAACAGAGCCGGGAGAGUGGUCUUGGGACGACCAGGAAGCCAAUGGAGGCAUAAGCAAGUGGGACGGCGUCAAGAACAAGCAGGCCCAGAAGCACCUCAAGGCAAUGUCACUCAACGACCUCUGCCUCUUCUACCACUCUGGCUCCGGCGCCUCCGCCCGCCGUGUCGUAGGCGUGGUCACCGUCAUUCUUGAGUGCUACGAGGAGGUGGAUGGCGUGGCGGUGGAUGUGAAGGCGGUUGGGGAGAUGAGGAGGCCGGUGGACUUGAAGGAGAUGAAGGGCGAUGAGAGGAUGAAAGGUUUUGUGCUCUUUAGGCAGCCCAGGCUGUCGGUGGUGCCUGUUCCGACGGAGAUCUGGGAGAGGAUAUGCGAAUUAGGCGGUGGGUUUGCAGGGGAUGGUAACGAUUACGUUGAAGAAGGGGAAGAUCAAGAUUAAGAACUGUCUAGCAGAAAACAAUGUUUUUACGCUCGUGAUUUUCGCAAUAGAACCAUGAAUCAUAAAUCUAAAGAAUAGCCUUAUUAUGUGCUAGUGUUUCAA